AGAGAAUGAAAGAACUGGAAGACUAAAAGUUGUCCAAGUUUAUGAACAAAAACUCACCAGCUGCCGGCAGAAGAUGACGAGCCCAAGGAAUGGAGAGAGGACUGAUCAGGUGCAGCAGCAGCAGCAGCCUCCUCCUUACCAUGUUCUUCACAAGCUGCCUCCUGGUGACAGCCCUUACGUCAGAGCCAAGCACGUCCAGUUAGUUCAGAAAGAUCCCGAAGCGGCUAUUGUACUGUUCUGGAAGGCAAUAAAUGCCGGUGAUAGGGUGGAUAGUUCCCUCAAAGACAUGGCAGUGGUCAUGAAGCAACAGGAUAGAGCAAAAGAAGCAAUUGAAGCAAUAAAGUCUUUCAGGGAUCGGUGCUCCAGGCAAGCACAGGAAUCCCUUGACAAUGUACUAAUCGACUUGUAUAAGAAAUGUGGAAGAGUUGAGGAACAAAUAGAGCUAUUAAAACAGAAGCUUCGGAUGAUUUUCCAGGGAGAGGCCUUCAAUGGCAAGCACACCAAGACAGCGCGCUCUCAUGGAAGGAAAUUCCAAGUCACAAUCAAGCAAGAAACCUCCAGGAUACUGGGCAACUUAGGUUGGGCAUACAUGCAACAAGGGAACCAUGCGGCUGCAGAAGUGGUGUAUCGUAAAGCCCAAAUCAUUGACCCGGAUGCAAACAAGGCCUGCAACUUAUGCCUGUGCCUGAUCAAGCAAAGAAGGUAUGCGGAGGCGCAAUCAGUUGUUGACCAUGUGUUGAAGGGCAUGCUUCCGGGAUCUGAUGAGCCCAAGUCAAAAGUUCGUGCCGAGGAACUGGUGCAGGAGCUAGAGCAAUGUCAACGUGUAGUUUUGCCUCCCAAUUCGUUAAGUUUAAAUAUGGAAGAUGCCUUUCUCGAGGGGCUUGACCACUUGGUGAAGCAGUGGACUCCUCAAAGGUCGAGGAGACUAGCUAUAUUUGAAGAGAUAUCGUCGCUUAGAGAUCAGUUAGCUUGCUGAUUUUGUAGAGAACAGAGAUUUUACACAUGUUUCCCCAUCACGUUAUUGCAUGCUUUGUAUUAAUAGCAUGGAAGAGUGUAUAAUUUUGGACAAGGAAUGGCUGCAUGUAUGAGUAUAACAAAUGAAUAAUCAAGGUUAAAAAUAUGUUUGCCCUUUUA